AUGCCCGGGUGGCCGGUGAUCGGGACCUUCGAUGGCUCAAGGUAUCCGGGAAAAGAAGGCUUUCUCAUCAGAGACAGUCUGCAAGAUGAAUCUGCAGCGGUUCAACUAUCAGAUGAUGUUCCUUUCCCUCAGCCUACUUGGAACCAGUCUUUGCCAACAUCUCAGAAUACGAAACUUCUAGAAAAUAGUAAAAAUAUGGGUCCUUUGAAAUUCGAAAUUAAAGAUUCGAAUGUCUGGCUUCCCGUGGGUACUUUUAACAAAGUCUCCAUUACCCGGGAUAAUUUGCUGGAGCUGGAGAUCUCGAUAUUAUCAGAAAAUGAUUGGAUCCGCACCCAGACCAGUGGUGAUACAUGCAACCUCGAUGAAAAUAUCCGGGUAUAUGUUAAUACAUUAGCCACUGACCCACGCAAUACCAAACGUGGCAUUACAAAGUUGCGGGGUUGCUUGAGAAUCAUCAUGUCUAAGAUCGAUCGCACGGCUCAUGCGUGGACAAACUUUCGCAGGGCUAAUCUUGAGUCGACGCAAACUUCAGAUGGCUCAGAUACUGAAUCACUAUGGUACAUCUUUAAUACAUUGGACAACCCAAAUCCAGACUGUGACUCUAUGAAGGAUAUUUAUUCUCGACGAGCGAUGCAAGAUUUGCUUUUUGGAGACGAUCUCUCGGAAUUUGGGCUUAAAGCUACACUGUAUCCAUAUCAGCGCCGAUCUGCUGCAAUGAUGAUUCAGCGUGAAGUACAGCCAGCCCCGAUGCUUGAUCCUCGUUUUCAGACUGGUCAGACUCCCACCGGCAUUGAAUAUUAUUACGAUAAAGAAGAUGUAUGCAUUAUUCGCGAGAAACAGAUGUAUUCAGAAGCAUGUGGAGGUAUUCUUGCUGAAACCAUGGGCUGUGGCAAAACGCUCAUAUGCCUUGCUGUCAUCUGGGCUACACGAGGUCACGUUCCAAAUAUUCCAAUUCAAUAUUUGUCCCAUGAUGGACCAGAAGAUUUUCGGCGUGUUAGAGACAAGGUUGGAUCGCUCAUGGAGAUGGCGGCUGCUGCCGCAGGUCGCCACUGUAAGCCUUGGAAGGCAUUUUUCCUGAAGAAGCAACAGGAAGAAGGCAGCUACCACGAGAGGUGUAUUGAAGCAUGCCAAGCUCAUUGCGGAUCUUAUACAAUCCCUUCACAGUCGACGAGAUAUCAAGGCCGCCAAAACAUGUCCUACCCAAGGCCCCCAGAUAAACAUAUCCGGCUUUGCUCGGGGACACUUGUUAUUGUUCCAAACAACUUGGUUGAUCACUGGAAGCAUGAGAUUUCAAAUCACACUGAAGGCCUCAAGACUUUGAUUAUAAGGCAAGGAGCUGAUAAGACCCCGUCGGCGGAUGAUCUUCUGGAUUAUGACAUUAUCGUAUUCUCCAAAACUCGAUUCGAGAAAGAAUCUGGGGAACCCGUGAAUAACCGCCAGAACAGUUCAUUUUCUUAUACCGAGUCAUCGCUUUUACAACUGCACUGGCUACGGGUAAUUGUUGAUGAAGGUGAGAACGCAGGCAGUCAAGGAACGAGGAUGAGCCAUUUUUUCAAAGAACUUCAUUUUGAGCGUCGCUGGGUCAUCUCUGGUACUCCAUCUACUGGACUCUAUGGAGUUGAAGUUAGUCUGGCUUCACAAGAGGCUUUAACAAGUGAUACGGAGUCGUCACAAAAUACAACUUCGGCGAUACUGAAAGGCCGAAAGAAGACUGGGAAUGCGGUCGAAAAUGAACUGAAAGACCUCGACAGAAUGAAGUACAUUGUCAUUAACUUUCUUGAUCUUAAGCCAUGGUCUAAUCCCAAAUCGGAUGAUCCAGCGGAUUGGACAAAGUACAUUAAGCCUUACGGGGAUAACGGCAAGCGACGCAAAACACCAGCAGUUCGCGCUUUGCUUCAAGGGCUGGUUGUACGGCAUCAAUUGGAUGUGAUAAGCAACGAGAUUACGCUUCCAAAGCUCUACAACAAGAUAGUCCAUCUUGGUCCUACAUUCUAUGAUCGGCUAUCUAUAAAUCUGUUUCUUUUCGGUCUUGCUGUCAAUUCCAUUACUUCCGAACGUCAGGGCUCGGAUUACAUGUUUGACCCUAGCAAUCGCAAACAUCUUAACCAGGUUAUUAAUAAUUUGCGGCAGGCUGGAUUCUGGUGGGCUGGCUCUGAUAUCAACUUGCAAGAUACGGUUAAGCAUGCACAGGAAUACGUUGAGAAGAACUCCGAGAAAAUGACCAGCGCUGAUAUUAAGAAGUUGAACCGGGGGUUUGAGAUUGCUAGCCGAGCCCUGGGAUCAAGCUCCUGGCACGAAUUUAAGGAAUUACAUGAACUUGGUGUCCUUGUUCUGAAUUUCCCCGAGGACAAUCGAGACCAUUGGGCACUCAACCCUGGAAGUACAAAAAACAAUCCACUUCUUACCGGUAUUACGCAGGCUCGGCGUGCACAACAUCUCGUGACGGAGAAUUUGCGUCUUCCUGAUCCUACCCAAGGCCUUUCUGGACAUGGCAUCAAAGUACGCUCUGAGCUGAGACAAAGCAAUAAAAAGCCAGCCAAGGGUGCCCCGGAGUCAAUAAAAAUUCCUACGAGCCCGAGUCAACUGAGUCACACUUCCAAACCAUUAAAAAGGAAGUUACACAAGAAGACUUUCUCCCGGCAUCUUCUACGUUCGCUUCCCGAAGAUUCCGAUCUCAAAAACACCAAAUUGAUUGCUACAACAUCCGCUAAAUUGACUUAUCUCCUGGACCGAGUUCUUGAGUUUUACAAAACAGAAAAGAUAAUUAUUUUCUACGAUAACAACAAUUCGGCCUACUGGAUUGCCGAAGGCCUCGAGCUUCUCGGUGUAGAAUUUCGCAUCUACGCCAGUACUCUGAGUCCCGAACUUCGAACAAAAUAUCUUAAUUUAUUCCGCGAGGAGAGCCAUGUUCGUGUUCUUCUCAUGGAUCUCCGACAGGCAUCACACGGCCUACAUCUCGCUCAGGCUUCACGUGUUUUCAUCGUCAACCCAAUUUGGCAACCUAAUGUUGAAAGUCAAGCCAUAAAACGUGCCCACAGAAUUGGUCAAACGAGACCUGUUUAUGUUGAAACACUUGUUUUAAAAGAUACACUCGAAGAUCGCAUGUUGAGUCGACGAAAAGAGAUGUCAGAAGCAGAGAUACAACAUGCCGAGAAAAGUUUGCUGGAUGAUGCCGUAAUGAGUGAUAUCAUCCAAAGUGAAGAUUUUCUAGAAAUGUUCGAUGAAGCUGAGACUGGAGCGGCAUUCUUGCGGAAUCAGACUGGAUUUUUUGAUCGCCAUAGCUUGCCAAUUCCCGAUGAUGAAGAGGUCGAUAGUAAUAACACUGGGGGAAAUGAUCGUCCAUUCCAUUUACCGGUUGUUGAGUCGGAUGCAGACGAUAGAAGCGAGAUUGGCGCUGCCUUUGGAGAAGGUUUUGAGUCGCCUCCUGUAAAGAAAUCUCGUGUCGGCUUUGCGUCCCGCGUGCAGCUUUUGGAUGAUGAUGAGGGUGACACCACUAGAAGCUCUGGCCCAGAGCCUACAGGCUUAUUUUCGGCCACUGUGCUAUCUGGAUUACUACCGCUUGUUGCAGCAGAUGAGAAUCAUGAUCAAAAUCGUAAGGUGUCGAUUUUUGGGCCUUGA